CCGUGCGAGUUGGAUAGAGAAGUGGGAUGCUUACCUUCACUCAGGUCAUUGGAAGAUGACCUCCGCAUGCAAUACAUCGCCUAUGAUGCUGUUGACGAAACCUGGCACUGGUGUGAAUGGAAUUCCACCGCAUUUGCAUGUGGUUGCAGAUCUGCGAGAGCGAAAUGCAAAUACUCAUAAGUUGACUUCUCCUCUCCCGGAUAUGGAAGGUAUCUUGCGACGUGCAUCGCGGAAGCCUUACUGGUCUCUGAUUGAUGGUAAGGAUGCAUAUGAACACAUCCGUGUCGAUUCUGAUCACAUUGAGCAUACUGCGAUGACCACGCCUGAUGGAAACAUGGUCAGUUUGGUCAUGCAACAAGGUGAUUGUAAUGCUGUUGCGACUUACCAGACAUUGAUGAACUACAUCUUUGGUGAAUACAUUGGUGUUUUCAUGGAUGUCUAUCUGGAUGACAUUGUCAUCUAUUCGGACACCCUGGAUGAUCAUAUUCAGCACGUUAAGUUGGUGAUUGAUGCUUUGCAGAAGGAGCAUCUUUACCUGAGUGUGACAAAGCUGAAUUUCUUGCCCAAAGAAAUGAAAAUUCUCGGUCGGAUAAUCGACGACCAAGGUAUUCGAAUGGAUCCUAACAAGGUUGAUUCAGUACUGAACUGGAAGGUACCUACUUCCAAGGAACUUCUUCAGGGGUUCCUUGGAUCAGUUGGAUAUCUCGCUGAUGACAUCGCGACUGUUCGAAUUCCUAUGGGUAUCCUCACUUCAUUAACAGGUGCUGAUGCAUGCUUCAAGUGGGAGUUCACUCACCAGCGUGCAUUCGAGGAAGUCAAACAUCUCAUUCACGAGCACCGUGAACACCAUCGUGUUCCCCUUGAUUACUCACCAGGUGCGCCUCGCAUUUGGCUGGUUACUGAUGGCUCACUAGGUGGUAUUGCGGGUGUCAUCUGCCAAGGUGACAGUUGGCGUGCUGGUCGAGUCGCCGCGUUCUAUUCUGCGAAGCUGUCAUCGGCUCAGAUGAAUUACCCUGUUCAUGAAAUUGAAAUGUUAGCGGGUGUCGAGUCCAUGCUGCGACACUGCGAGAUCCUCAUAGGGUGCUUGUUUACGUGGGUCACAGACCAUAAAGGUCUUACCCACGUUCUGAAACAGAAAAACCUCUCCGGCCAGCAGGCUCGCUGGUUGGAGAAGAUUUCAGAGUUCGACUUCACCAUCGAGUACGUCCCUGGCAUUGAUAACAUUCUCGCCAAUGCCUUGUCAUGUAUCUACUCUAAUGACCGCCCGGGUACUGUUCGCGCCGCAUCAGAAUACACGACGUUUGAUGAGACAAGCUUGCAACCCACCUUCCUGGAGUCUCUAUCCAUCUCUGUGCCUGUCUAUGUUGGCAUCGAGGCGCAGGCAGUACAACCCCACCUGAGUCAUCACGGUGCUCAUGCACGGAUGAUUACUGCCCCAUCUCGCAUCCCAACUACCAUCACCCCUCAGCCUGUCCUGGUGCGUGCUGCACACAAGCAGGCCCGGCGAAAUCCCUCGUCCCCUGCGAGUGUGGCAUCUGAUGGCAUCUCGCGGCCUGCUCGCGAAUGCCGUGUGAAGUCACCUCUGCUGGCAGCUGAGACUGGUUGGCCAGAGACGUCGAAGGAGUUUGCUAAAAGAAUCAAGCGUGUCAUGUUGCACGUCAAUCGUGAACAACGACAGGAGGGCGAGAGUGCAGGUGCUAGUUGGAAUACUGGAUUGGAUGAUGACUCAAACGCUGACUCACCUGCACCACCUUCUUUUCCCACCAUUGUCGGCGAUGGGAAUGAGGAACUGGAGGGUGUUCCAAUAACCUCCCAGUCUACGGAAGGGCUGUUGAUAGUGGAGGAGAGUCAGUUUCUCGAACAUAUCAGUUCCAGCUUCGAUGGGCUGGACCUUGAGCGUGUUCUCUGAGGGCGAUAUGCCGAAGAUAGAUUCUUCAGCGAAAUCUUGAAGGAACCUAAACACUUCAAGAAUUUCCUAGUGAAAAAUGAUUUAGUUCUG